ACGGCCGCCUACCAGCCGCCUCCUCCUCCCCCCGCCGCGCCUCCGCCUCCUGCCCCCUGCAGCGGGGUUACCUGUCACGGGGAGCCCGCUAAAUUUUACGGAUACGAUAACUUACAGAGACAGCAGAUUUUUACGACACAGCAAGAGGCCGAGCUGGUACAAUAUCCUGAUUGUAAAUCGUCCAGUGCUAAUAUUGGCGAGGAACCAGACCACUUAAAUCAGAGCUCGUCUCCUGCUCAAAUGUUUCCCUGGAUGAGACCACAAGCAGCGCCGGGUAGGAGAAGAGGAAGACAAACAUACAGCCGAUUCCAGACUCUAGAGCUGGAAAAGGAGUUCCUCUUUAACCCCUAUCUGACCAGGAAGAGGAGGAUCGAGGUGUCCCAUGCACUAGGACUCACCGAAAGGCAGGUAAAGAUCUGGUUUCAGAACAGAAGGAUGAAAUGGAAAAAAGAGAACAACAAGGACAAAUUCCCCGCUUCCAGACAGGAGGGAAAGGAAAGGGAGGCCAAAAAGGAAGCACAUGAUCUGCAAGAAGACAGAGCUGAAGGCCAGACGAAUUAAAUUUUGCCCUAAAAGCCUUUGUGAAAGGCUGUCAAAAAUCACCAGCAGCAUAGCCCGACAUCUCGGUCCGUCUGCCCCUGUACGUGGUCCU